AGAGUGUGGGGGAGGGACAUCGGGGAGGGGGGUGGAAGAUGGGGGUUGGGAAGGCCUCCCCCUCACCCUCCCCCCCCGUUCCAUGGCCGCCGCCACCACCACCAGCAGAGAGCCGAGAGAAAGGGACGAAGAAGUGGCUGCGGGAUCAUGUGAGACCGAAAAAUGGGAUCCAAAGCAGGAGAGAGUGGACGAACCAGCCGAGGAAAUGGUGGCGGAAUCCGCGGCGGCAACCACAGAGCCCGAGGCGGCGGUAGCGGGGAAGAGAGUUGUCUUCACUGAUGCUCAUGAGGGAAGCAUGAUGGUGAUAUUGUAGGGAUCUGCCAUAGUAUGGCUGCUUUUCGAUCCCAGCGUGUUACAAGAUCGUCUGUUGGUUCAAAUGGCUUGGAUGAAAAUUUCUGUGGGCGAACUUUGAGGAAUCGGAGUAUAGUUCACCCUGACGACUCCUCCCCUUUCCCUCAGUUGAGGUCGCGAUCUCCAAAAAAGAAACAGGAUGCUGUACCGCAACAGAAGGGUGUAAAUGGUGGUAAGGUUACUGAAUGCAAACAGCACCACACUCGCGAGUCCUGGGUGAGUCCUAGAAAAAGGGGACUGUCGUGCUCUGAGAAGGAUAACCACGAGAAGAAAGCUUUGGACAUUUGUGACCCAAUACUGCCUGUCUACAAGCGGGUAAAACGAUGCUCCCGCUCAGAAUCCGCGGAUGGUCUAGAUGAUACGUCAUCGUUUGUUAAAAAUGAAAAGGCUUCAGUUGAGCGAAAAGGCUCUGCUGCAAACAAUGAUGGGGACUUGUCACAGCUCAAACGAGCUCGACGCUUUCUUUUACUGGAUGAUUGUGACAAAAGGGAGAUCAAAAAGGCGAACGAGUUGGAUGACGGAUGUGACGACCCAUCGCUGCUGAAGGAGGUGUCGGCUCACCAGGCUGCCAAUGGGAUCAGUGAGAAAGAUGCUGCUGUUGCUGUGGAGUGCAAUGAGUGUGAACCUCAUGAUUUGAACAGUAAACCAAAAUGUGUUGAUGUUGUUGAUACGUGUGCGUCGAUUUUACCAACAGAAACUGAAAACCGCAAUUUGGGUGGCCACUCGCUGCUGCUUAAUGGCAGUAAGGCGGCCACCUGCUCAGAGCCUGAUGUGCCUUCUACAGAUUCGGAGUGGGAAGACGACAGGACGAUAAGUGACUGCCACUCUGUGUCGCAACAAUCUACCACAAUCCUAGCAACUGAAAACCCAUUGCAAAUCAGGGAAUCUGAGGAAGAGGUUGACGUUGUGGGAUAUAGUUUGUUCCAGUCAAAGGAACAGUGUUUUGAAAAUGCCAGUUGCAGUAUUGAUGCUGCUCAGGACGUUGAACAGAUCUCAGGGGUGCCUGACCCUUCUGCAGUGCUGGACUCUGGACCUGGUCCCUUGCUUGAACCUCAAGAACACAGAUAUGCACUGAGAACUUCACCCAGAAGGGCUGCAGGUAACAAGUGCAGUUCUCAAAAGAUAAGUUCGCCCCCCAGGGACAGUGGGCAGGCAGAAGACAAAUCUCUCAGUCUUCAUGAAUGUGAAAAGACUGGAGGGGCAGGAGUGGCUGCAGACAUUGAGCACUGUGUGAAAUUGGAAGAGGGCAACUCUCAGGCUAAAGGAGAGCUGCCCCAGGACGGGCCUGGAGAAGGUUUCAGUGGCAGUGUGCCAGACUCACCUUCUCAAGAGCGUGGCUCAGACAGAGGACGCUUGUCCGUGAGCAGGGAGAGCAGCAGCCAGCAAUCUCGAGAGGAGGAGGAGGAAGAGCCUGAUGUGUACUACUUUGAAUCGGAUCAUGUGGCACUGAAACACAACAAAGAUUACCAGAGGCUGCUACAGACCAUCGCUGUACUGGAAGCUCAGCGAGCCCAAGCUAUUCAAGACUUGGAAUGUUUAAGCAGACAUCAGAAGGAAGGGUUGAAGGAGCCCAUUACUUUUGUGGAAAAUCUCCAACAGCAGGUUGACAUGGGUUUUCCAUGUCCACAAAGAGUGGUCCAGCUGCCUCAGAUCCCAUGGGACCAUUACACGUCUGGGCUAGGAAAUUUUGAGAAAGAAUACAGAAAUAAGAAACACAACACACGGAGGUUAAAACUCGUCUUUGACAAAGGUUUGCCUGUGAGACCAAAAAGUCCCAUGGAUUCCAAGAAGGACGCAGAGUCGGCGUCAUCCUCUUUUUACUCUUCAACUUUACCCUCAAGUGAUGCCCCAGAAGUAAUGAUCAACAGCCGUGCACAGGUAAUAAGAGGGAGAAUCUGUGACGACUCCAAGUCAGAGACAUUUAACCAGCUUUGGAGUGUAGAAGAACAGAAACGAUUAGAGGAACUGCUCCUUAAAUAUCCCCCGGAAGAAGUGGAAACACGACGUUGGCAGAAGAUAGCGGAUAAAUUAGGCAACCGGACUGCUAAACAGGUUGCCAGCAGAGUGCAGAAGUAUUUCAUUAAAUUAGCUAAAGCUGGAAUCCCUAUUCCGGGCAGAACACCGAACUUGUACUUGCAUUCAAAAAAGUCUUCAAAUAGACGCCAGCACCCUCUCAACAAGCAUCUCUUCCGACCGUCCACGUUCAUGACAUCGCACGAACCUCCCGUCUAUAUGGAUGACGAAGAUGACAGGAGCAGCUUCUACAGCAGCCAGCUUGAUGCAGCCGCCGACGAAGAGAUCUCGAAAACUGUUGUGCUGCUAAGUGGUGAUAACGGGAGUGCCUGAGAUCUGGAUGAAAGCUGAGCCAGCGGUGUAUCUCCUUAACCAGUGUGAUUUAAAGAUAGAGAAAGAAACAGGAACCGAAGGUGGG